CUCCCCUCCCCUCCAUUUCCUCGCCUCUCGGUCUGGUUUGGUCCGCAUCCAACACAAGCGCGAGAAACCCCAACGCCCGCAGCCGCAGCCGCAUCCGACCAAAGCGUCCGCGGGUCAACAUGAGUUCGGCUGGCAAGAUCAAGGGGAUCCCAGGUGCUGUCCGCAAUGUCAGCUCCAAGUCGAGGAACAACCCUCUGAGGAAGUCCUUCCUCAACACGGACGCAAACUACUCCAGCAGGAAGCCCACGUAUGCAGAGAUGGUUCCGGACCACAGCGCCAACAUUGAGGAACCCCAGGAGGUGGCGCCGGUUGUCGUCAACGCCGGCGUGGACAACAUGGUGCCCGUCCACGCCGGAGAGGGAGCAGCGGUCGUCAACCACGACGACGAGGAGGCCGAGCCAGUCAUCGCCGACACAAGGGCCGGCACAUGGUGGUGGUGCACCAUUCUGUGAGUCCGCUUCGUCUCAGUGGUCGAACUCGCGCAGUAGACUUGUAGUUCCUGGACGUGGUAUCUUCAUUUGAGUGCGCUUUGGAUUCUUUCCCUUGCAUUACCGUUACGAUGUGCUUGACCUGACGGCCUGUGCUGGCCACGGCCAUCUUCCGUGCGUUAUUAAUCAUCAGUAUAAUCUAUCACUAUGAAUAUAUUUUUAUCAAUAGCAGCUCCUUUCGGUA